AGGUGCCUAAUGUGGCUGUGCAUCUGCUGCUUGUGAUAAACCUGAGCCAGCUAGCUUCUUAGAAAGAACUGGAGUCACUGCUGCCUGUCCUAGACUUUAUUUGAGGCUUGUUACCCAAAGAGGCCAUAAGAGGACACCAGAUCCUUAGGAACUGGAGUUGCAGGCUGUUGUGGACUGCCAUGUGGAUGACACUGUCUUUUUGGAUGAGCAGGCACCUGUGGAAGAAUCAGCUGAGUGAGAUGGUGCAGCCCAGUGGUGGCCCAGCAGGGGAUCAGGACAUGCCGGGUGAAGAAUCUUCCCUAGGGAAGCCAACAAUGCUACAUCUGCCUUCAGAGCAGGGUACUUCUGAGACCCUCCAGCGCUGUCUGGAAGAGAAUCAAGAGCUCCGAGAUGCUAUCCGACAGAGCAAUCAAAUGCUAAGGGAACGCUGUGAGGAGCUGCUACAGUUUCAGGUCAGCCAGCGGGAGGAGAAGGAAUUCCUUAUGGGCAAAUUCCAGGAAGCCAGGAAGCUGGUGGAAAGACUGAGCUUGGAGAAGCUUGACCUUCGGCGGCAGAGGGAACAGGCCUUAAAGGAUAUGGAGCACCUGAAGAAAUGCCAGCAGAUGGCUGAGGACAAGGCCUCCGUGAAAGCCCAGGUGACAUCACUGCUGGGAGAACUCCAGGAGAGCCAGAGUCGUUUGGAGGCUGCCACAAAGGAACAACAAACUUUAGAGGAAAGGAUGCGAGCUGUUAGUGAGCAGGUCAGACAGCUGGAGAGUGAGCGGGAAGCCCUGCAGCAGCAGCAUAGUGUGCAGGUGGACCAGCUGCGCAUGCAGAACCAGAGUGUGGAGGCUGCCCUUCGGAUGGAGCGACAGGCUGCCUCAGAGGAAAAGCGGAAGCUGGCUCAGUUGCAGGCAGCCUAUCACCAGCUCUUCCAAGACUAUGAUAGCCACAUUAAGAGCAGCAAGGGCGUGCAGCUGGAAGAUCUGAGGCGACAGCUCCAGCAAGCCGAAGAGGCCCUGGUAGCAAAACAGGAAUUGAUUGAUAAGCUGAAAGAGGAGGCUGAGCAGCACAAGAUUGUGAUGGAGACUGUACCAGUCCUGAAGGCCCAGGCGGAUAUCUACAAGGCUGACUUCCAAGCCGAGAGACAUGCUCGGGAGAAGCUGGUGGAGAAGAAGGAACUUCUGCAGGAGCAGCUAGAGCAGCUACAGCGUGAAUUCAACAAGCUGAAAGUUGGCUGCCAUGAGUCAGCCAGGAUUGAGGAUAUGAGGAAGCGACAUGUAGAGACUUCCCAGCCCCCUUUACUCCCUGCUCAGGCUCACCACUCCUUUCAUUCGCCCUUGUCCAACCAGCGGAGGAUCCCUCCUGAGGAACCACCUGACUUUUGUUGUCCCAAGUGCCAGUAUCAGGCUCCUGAUAUGGACACUCUGCAGAUACACGUCAUGGAGUGCAUAGAGUAGGGUCAAUAGAUGCAAGGCCACCUGUAAUACCAUGUCCCAAACUAUGCGAUUGUGCUUUCCUGUUCCACCUGUAUAGUCCACGAUCAAGGGCUGUCAAACAGUGGGCCCCAGGACCUAGCAGAACCCCUGCUUUACCCUUUUGGUGGUCUGUUAGUUCUCUAUUAAGGUAAAGAGCCCUAGUCAGGGCUGUUUUUUUCCCCCCUUUUCUUCUGUGUGCCUGAGCCACUUGCCUCUGGUGGCUUCUCCCUUCCUCUUCUCCUAUUUUCCUAGGGAGUCCAGAAUGGAGGUCAGGGGCUCUCAGGGAGCACUCCUCCUCCAAGCAGGGCUGGAUGCAGCUCUUCUUCCCUCCAGCUGAUGCCUUUCUUGCCUGGGAGUGGCAGGCUCUCUUUCCAGGGCAUGUGGCACUUAGGUUCAUAACGUGUUGUCUGUGAUAAACAUUUGGGAGUAUUCUGUCUUUUUGCUACUGUAAGUAAUGGUGCAGUGAAAGUACUUGUGCACUGAUCUGUGUGUACCUUUAGAACAGAUGCUUAGAUGUGGCAUAGGAGCCUUGCCAUGGUAGAGGUCAGCAGACCUUUAGGUUUCUACCAUCUGCUAGACAUGUAGUUCUUUCGUAAAUAGUGUGCUUAAGUGUCUUUUUCUGGGGUAUAUGGGUCUUUUUUAAUUCCUUUGAUGUAACGUGACUUUUCAUAAUUCCUACCCAUCUUUGAUGAUCAGUCAAGUUAGUUCUUGACUAUCACAGAAACUGUACACCUUGUUCCACUUUGUGUUACUGUUUUGGGGACUAGAAGCUGUUAUAUACUUCUACUUAACCAUUCUUUAAUUUUUUUUUUUUUGGCUUUGGAGUUAUGACUGCUUUGUGUUUUGAUAAAAGGAUAUUUCACAUACACUUUUGUUCUAGCUCCAGUGUGCUCUUGUUUUUGCCAAGCACAUUGUUGCCUUGUAUGAAUGGUGGUGGCCAUAGUUCACACUCCAGGAGUUUGUGAUGGCAUGUUUUUCACCAGCCCAGAAGACCUGUUUUGGGAACGAUUUAGCAUUGACUGGCAGAUUAUGAAAAAAGGAAUGCGUCAUUUGCUUUACAAGGUUCUAGACAUUUUCUGAAACCUUAGAGUCGUAUUACCCUUGGCAAUUCUAGUAAAGGAAAGAAAGUUGGAGUUGAAAACUUUGCUAAUCCUCAGGCCUGAAAUCCUUCCUGCCCUCCUGUAAACUUUUAAGGUUCUGAGUGGGAUCAGUAAAUCCAUGCCCAGGCUUUUAUUCACAGAGCUUCUUUCCCAUUAGGAGUGAGAAAGCUAAGUAGAAUUCAGAUUUUUAAAAAGGAUUUAAAAAGUAAGCCUGAGCCUGGGGACUUCCACAGAAUUCUCAGACAUGGGGAGCAAGUUUUCCAUUUCCUAAUUCCCAGGUCUCUAAUGGGCAGCUCUUUGGGAAAAUUAAUUAAAGAACAGCUAAGUUCUUUGUUUAUGAGUUUUUCUUUUUUUAAUUAUUUUAAUUUUAAUUUUUUUCUUCACAAUUUAUUCAUUGUAUAUCCUGAUUGAAGUCCCCUCCCUCAACUCCCCCCAGUCCCAUCCUCCCUCCCUCUUCCCCACUAUCCUCUUCCUCUAGUCCACUAAAAGGGGGAGUUCUCCACCAUUGCCAACUGUCCAAGCUUGUUAAGUCUCACCAGGACUGCUUGGAUCCUCUUCCUCUGUGGCCUGGUAAGGCUGCAUCACCAGGAGCGAGUGAUCAAAGUGUAGGUAACUGAGUUCAUGACAGAGGCAGUCCCUGAUCCCCUCACUUGGAGACUGAGCUGCCAAUUGGCACAUCUGAGCAUGGGGUCCUCUCCAUGCAUGGUCCUCCAUUGAUGCAUCAGUCUCUGCAGGACCCCCUGGGCUCAGAUCCUUUUGCUUUGUUGAUCUCCUUGUGGGGGUCCUGUCCCCUCCAUGUCCCUCUAUCCCCACCCUUCUCCUCUUCUACAAGACUCCAUGUGCCUGCUCAAAGUUUGUCCUUGAGUCUCAGCAUCUGCUUCCAUCCCCUGUUGGGUAGAUCCUUUCAGAAGACCCUCUCUAGUGGGCUCCCAUCCUGUUUCCUCUCUUUCACUGCAUCUAGUGUCUAUCCUGUUUGCCAUUCUGAAUGAGAUUUAAGCAUCCUCCCUAGGGUCCUCCUUAGUUAUUAAGCCUCCAAUUCCAGGAACAAGAUCGUAAAAUCUCCCACCCAAGAAACAGCCUAGAGAUAAGCACAAAAAUGCGAAGGGAUAUCUGUUCUGGGCAGCCUUAUCUUGUGGUAGAACAUUCUUAACACAACAAUGUAGCCCACUGACCACCUAGACUGGUUACAAGCCCUUAACCCUUAUGACUUCCCUGCAGCCCACCAGUUUGGGCUGGUUUGGGCUCUCUAAGAGACCCCAAUCAGGCUCUAGCUAGCCAUAGCCAAUCAUAGAUGUACUUAUACCCUUGCUUUUUAUGUGCACCAAUCACGAUAAAGAUGACCUACCUGUCACUGAAAAUUACACAAGUUUCCUAUAAGAAGACCUGUGCGCCUUUGUGUAGGGUUGCCAUUUUGCCUGGAUGGUGGCCCCAGCAUGCUGGUGUUCUGCAGAAUAAACGCCCUUUGUUGUUUGCAUGCUA